AUGACUCGACGACUCGACUCGUUCGUGCAUCGAUGCCUGUCCAGGCAGACGCAGACAGGCACCAAUCCAUGGAUACAGGAUAUACCCCGAAUAGUACUUCUACCUAGAUACUUCCCGCAGGACGGAGUUGAACUCGCCAAACCAUCAUCAUCAAGAAGACUGAGAUAUUCUCUGAGAUAUUCGCUGAUAUCCUCCUCAAUUCUCAUGGAAACCUUACUCCUUGGCCAGGGCACGGACCGGUCGUACGACUAUGACGACGUCUUCCUGUCCCUGGCGAUCGCGAGGACCUUCAACGGCACGGCCAGUGUGACCAGAAGAAUCGAAGAUCUGAACCAGAAGGAUCCUCCUGAAACUGCAACAGCGGUUGGCAAUGAAUCUGCCGAUCCUGAGCGUGCGGAGUUGGAAAUGAGCUCCAUCCUCGAAGAAGCCCUGACCUGCGGCGACUGCACCAUGCUCGUCACUCCGGAGAGGAUGCAGGCCGACAUCGCCUGCGACAGGUACCGCUUCUCCGCCGAUCCGCCCUUCUCCAUCGACACCGACGAGGACGUCCCGCCGGACGAGACGCCCGCGGAACGGUGGCAGCCGGGAUAUUGGCGAUAUGCGAGUGCAGCCCAGCGCGAGCGGUAUAUGCAGCAGGUCCAGCAGGUUCUGCUGGGCGGCGGCAGGGGCGAGGAGAAAGACGUCCUGUUCGCUUUCUACUCUGUCGACUUCCACAUCCAUCAGCACCACCUCGCACGACGGAGCUCGAUGAACCUGUGUCAAACGGUGAAGGAGAUGCGCGACGUUCGGUUGUGGCAGUGGCAGUUGGAGAACAUGAACAAAAAGGUCGACGACGGCGACGGCAUCAACAUCAACGACGACGUCAACGCUUACAACGAUGUCGACGGCAACGUCUACGACAACGACAACAUCAACGCCUACGCCUACGACUAUGACUACGACAACGACGCCCCCCCACAACCACUCACACGACCACAACCGCCCUCCCCAUCCUCCACAUGGCACUUCAUAAAACAGCAGAGAAAGCCAAUCCCCCUGAUCGAAAGCCACAGCCAGGAAUCGUGCUCUUGGCNCAUCCGUAACACCGUUCAGACAACGCGCGCAGCAGCUCCGCGCCGUGCGCGCCCGCUUCCGAACGACGAUGCGCGAGCGCGCGCAGCAGCGCGAGGACGGGUUGCUCUUCGCGCGGUACCAGGCGACGGUCGACGAGGUGGAGUGGCUACAGCGGCAGCAGUUGCAGCAGCAGCAGCAGAUGAUGAUGACGGAACUCUCGCCGGUGCAGGUGCCGAAACUCGAGCCGGUGCAGGCGCCAGCACCGAAACCGAAGCCGAAACUGAAGCUGAAGCUGAAACUGAAGCUGGUGUCUAA